AUGCAUGGAAAAUCUGGCCCACAUUGUCCGUGUGGUCCUUGCUCUCCUGGCUUUCCUGGGUGUCCUGGUGCUCCGGCACGUCCUGGUUGUCCGGCUCUUCCUGGUGCUCCUGGUGCUCCGUGUCCCUUUCUUCCAUCCUUUCCUGGAUGUCCUGGUUGUCCUGGACGCCCAUCUCUUCCUGGUUGUCCAGCAUUUCCUUGUGGUCCUGGUUGUCCUGGUCGUCCGUCAUUUCCACGUCUUCCUGGUUGUCCUGGACGUCCGUCUGGUCCUGGUCUUCCAACUUGUCCGCACACUCCAGAUGGUCCUGGUGGUCCCGCUGGACACUUCACACAUUCUGGAUCACGUCUUGGGCAAGCUGGUGGAGCGAUUGUAUUGUAG